GAAUGAAUUCAAACCAAGAACUCGCAAACUGGGAUACCCAAAUAUGGCAUGGCUCGAUUCCCCUGCAGUACAGUUGGGUUUUUCACUCACCUUCCUCUGGAUUAUAUACAGAUUUCUGACAAAAAAGAAGAGCAAGAGCGACAAGCGACAGUUGAGAUUGCCACCAGGGCCACGGCCAUGGCCACUGGUAGGCAAUCUCCAUCUCUUGGGAAGCCUUCCUCACCAGUCCAUGGCUGAGCUUGCAAAAAAGUAUGGACCCAUCAUGUUCCUGCGCUUGGGCUCGGUACCCACGAUUGUGGCCUCUUCUCCUGCCAUAGCCAAAGAAAUUUUUAAAACCCAUGAUCUGAUCUUCGCCAACAGGCCACCUUCAUCGGCGGCCAAGUACAUGGCCUACGAGCGCAGAGACAUGGUGAUGGCACCCUAUGGAGAGUUAUGGCGGCAGAUGAGAAAGCUGUGCACAAUGGAAUUACUGUCGGCCAAGAGAACGGAGUCAUUCAGGUGGGUAAGAGAAGAAGAAGCGACAGCCAUGGUGAAAUAUCUGAGGAAAGAGAGCGAGAAAGGCACGCGUUCAGUCGACCUGCGGAAGCCCAUCUCCUCCCUCACACUCAACAUCAUCUGCCGAAUGUUUGCAGGAAGAAGUUACUCCGACAAUGAACCGGUUGAAGGAGCGUGGUUUGCAAAGAUGGUAUCUGAGCUUAUGCAUCUGGCGGGAGUAAUUGUUGUGGGAGAUUUCAUUCCCUCUAUUGACUUUCUAGAUUUGGGAGGCCACCGCCGCCACAUGAAGAGAUCUCAUAAAGAAUUCGAUGCGUUUGUGGAGAAGCUGAUCGACGAGCACAUUGAGCAGAGGAGGACGAAGAAGUCUGAGAAUCCGGACAUUGUGGACGUGCUGCUGGACAUGGCUGAGAACGAAAGUUCCGAGAUAAAAGUCACUCGCCUUCACAUCAAAGGACUCAUCUUGGAUAUGUUAGCUGGUGGAGUAGACACAUCUGCAGCAACUAUAGAAUGGGCGAUGACUGAGCUGCUGAGAAACCCUAAGUUAAUGGCAAGGGCGCAGCAAGAGAUUGAACUAAAGGUUGGGAGAGAUCGCAUGGUAAAUGAGAGUGAUAUUGCAAACUUAGACUACUUGCGAUGUGUGGUCAAGGAAACACUUCGAUUACAUCCAGCAGGGCCCUUGCUGGUGCCACACGAGUCCACUGAGGCUUGCACUGUGGGAGGAUAUUACAUUCCACCAAAAACAAGGCUGUUUGUGAACAUUUGGGCAAUCGGAAGAGAUGAAAGUGUUUGGGAAGAUGCUUUAGAAUUCAAGCCGAAGAGAUUUAUUGGCUCAAGCAUAGAUCUGAAAGGCCACCACUUUGAAUUGUUGGCUUUCGGAACAGGGAGGAGGGGAUGCCCCGGGAUGUUCAUGGGGCUUUCCGUUGUUAGCUUGGUUGUUGCUCAACUCAUACAUUGCUUUGAUUGGAGUGUAGAGGGUGAAGUAGACUUGGAUGAAGUGUUUGGGUUGAGCUUACCUAGAAAGUUUCCCCUUUCUGCUCUUCCAUCUUGGAAACUCACCACUGAAGGGCCACCAUGACAUUGGAUUCAAGUUGAGAGAAAAACUAUUAAUAUAGACAUAUAACCAUCCCAGCAAUGUCGGCCGUGUACGUGGGCCGCCUAUAUGUGUAAUGACUGCCAUAUAGUUUUUCUUUAAGAGAAUAAAAAUAGGGAGUGAAUAUAUAAAUAAUAUUAAUUGUUAUGUGUUUC